GUCCGAUCAGACUUUACACCCGCAGAAUCAGCCGCCGUAACUAGUCCCCCGACAAGCCUCUGUUUCCCACAGGGACCAAAGACCAUCUCGGAGUUCCUCUUCUCAAAAGUCUGAAACUCUGUCCUCUUUAGAAUUACCAAUUCCGCGCUCGAUUUCUGGUUCUUCGUUUCACUUCCGCGCAGCUCGAAGUCUUCCCAUCUUUAUUCGCUUAACUUUGCUGCCUAAACCGCCGCACCCCAAGUUUCCUACAGAUCGCGGAGAGGCCGGACGGCUGCCCGGUUUGUUCGCCGGAGUAGGCAGCAGACGAAGAACAGCCGACGCAUGUCUCGCGGCAAGAGCAGAGACUGGAGUCCUCUACAUUACGAGGCUUCGUUUCUGUUUAUGUUCAGCCCAUUAAACUUUGAAGCUCGGAAGGGAGGUCUUCAAAAUGUAUCAUGGUUCCAGUUUCUUCCCAAUGAAGCUGAGUUGAACUCCGUAUCUGAUAAGAGUGUAAAAAUGGAUCAAAAAGAUGCUGCUACACGGCUGGUGCUUUCAUCCCAUUUGCAGCUGCAGAAGGAGGGAUUUCUCAGUACAUGGACUAAUUCUUUUGUUGGACCUUGGGAUCCAUCUCAAGGUUUACAUAAUCCUGAUGAGAAAAUCAAGCUUUGGCUUUUUCUUCCUGGGCGCCAUUCUUCUGUUGCCGAGAGAGCUCAGUCAGCAGUUUUUAAACUAAGAGUUGUUGCAUCUGGAAUCUGGGUAGCCCCUGGGGAUUCUGAAGAGGUUGCUGCUGCUCUUUCUCAAUCUUUAAGGAAUAGCAUAGAAAAGGCACUUUUUGGACUUUCUUACGUGCGAUUUGGAGAUGUGUUUUCAAAGCAUCGUCCAGGCCAAACUGAAGCACUGUACAGAUCGAACUCUGUUGAUGCAACAACCGCUUUGAAGCUCAUCUGGUCAGAAACUGGGCUCGAGUUAAUCGUGAGGUCACAUCCAGAAGCUCUAGCUAACGGGAUCAACGAUCCAUUAGCUGAAGUGAGGAGAGGACAACCUACUGUCGAAUUCAUCUUUGCGGCCACCGAUGAAGCAAUUUUUGUUCAUGCUAUAAUAACUGCCAAGCACAUUCGCAUGCUUUCAGCAAGUGACAUUGAUAGGGUCUUGAAGCACUCAUCUAAAGAUUCUGGCAAUAAACUUCCAGUUAUCGUUUCUCCUCAUGGAAUGCGUGGCUGGGUAACAGGAUGUUGCCCAAAUGAUCUCGUCAAGCAAGUUUAUGCAAGUUCUGGCAACUCUAGGAUGCUGGAUGGUAUAAUUGGUUCAUUGAAGGAUGUUUCACAAGGGCCUGCAUUCCAGUUGAGGGGGCAGCAUUCGUGCGUGGAAGUUACACUUGGUUGCCCAAGAUCUGAGAGUGGUAAGGCAUUGCAAACAAAGUUGGGUGCAGGUAGCAGUCUACAGAAGAAUCAUGUCAUGGAAUCUCCGGCCACAGCACGAGGUGAUCACAGUGGUUUGCAAGACUACCUCUCAGCAAACGAGAAGAUAUUCAUCUAUCCGGUCGACGCUGUUGCUGUCCCUCUCUUACACACCUCAUUUGCUCGGUCUUCUCUCAGAAGUGGGGGUAAUAUAGACAGCGCAGACAGUUGUUGGCUCGACUCUGGUGGAACACUUACACAUCAUGGCUACAAUAGUAGUAGCAACAGUAACAAUAGCAGCAUCAGCUCACUUAGCAGCAGUUCCAGUGAUAGUGAUUAUAAUAUGGCCGCAGAAGGUGGGGAUCUCGAUGCAGAUGCAGAUUCUUUGUCAUGCAGGCGAUCCGGUUUGUCUUCUAAUGAUCAGCUGGAGAAUGACCGGCAGAAACUGGGUUCUAAGCGCCCUCGGGCAGGAAUGGAGUCAUUUGGCCAAGUAGGUAGCAAGUCUGACUUUGGCUCCCUUGAGGUUAACACAUCAGUUAUUACUGGAGUUGAAAAUGAGCAGAAUGGAUCUCAUUGGGACUGGGAUGACGAGAGAGGCGUGGGCAUGGAUAUCCAAGCUCUUCUCUCUGAGUUUGGUGACUUUGGUGACUUCUUUGAGAAUGAUGCUUUACCUUUUGGAGAGCCCCCUGGAACUGCAGAGUCAGAGGCUCUAAUGUUUUCAGCUCCAGAUAUUGGAGAAGUUGGUAGCAGUCCUGUAGGGUCAAUGGAUGUUGAUCAAAUGCUUUUGCCUGUGGGUCUUCCAUCCUUUGAGAGCUUUAAUCCGACUCCCUCGAUGACCAUGGAUGAGUGUGUGAGCAAAAAUGAAGAUGUUACUCAUGGUGUUAUGACUAUAAGCUCAACAAACUACAGUCCACCCUCUUUUACGGGCGAGUUUGAUCAUUUAAUAAAGGCUGAAGCUCUUAUGACAUUUGCCCCAGAGUAUGGAGCAGUUGAAACGGCAACCAGCGAGGUAUCUUCUUCAGUGUUUAGAAGUCCAUAUUGCCCCAAGUCUCGUAGAGUAGAGAGCUCAAACUCAAAUUCAAGCAAUUACACAUAUGGUGCAACACCUCCGUUUUCUCCUUCUAUCAAUGGGUCAGAUGAGAAGAAUACCAGGCAUGCUACCCCAAAAGCAGGUAAUGAAAGGAGUGAUGCAAAGAAAUAUUACACUCAUGUGGAAGGUGGAAGAGAGCAACAUGGUAAAAAGUCAUCCAAGAUUGAAGGCAACACUGUUGCCGGGGAGCGAUUUGCACAAUCUUCUUUAUCUACUUUUAGUUCUUCAACCACUGCCAAGACCGUGCAGCUGAAGGUGAAUGAAGGUGUGCUAGGAUCAGACAGUUUUCUUCUUUCUAAGAAGACUGUGCUGGCAACUGAAGUUGAAUGCAUCUUGUUCCAAGCUUUGAUGUGUAGGGUACGUCAUACAUUGUCGUCUAAUCCAGUACCUAUAAAUUUGAGUAGGUCAGGUGGAGGAAAUUUGAAUCAGUUACAUGGUGAUGCAAGUGCUAUGACAGACAAUAUCUCUAGCAGGUAUGAAACGAAAAAGAAAGAAACAAUACCAGUCCGAAUAGCUGGUGAUGUUGACCGGGGAGUGUUAGAUAGCCACCUCAACGCACCUGUUGGUGUUUGGCGCACUGUAGGAGGUCCGAAAGUGACAAAACCUACCAGUUCUCCAAGUAUUGAAGUCAGCCCAUCCUUAUCCCAUCAUUCGCUUAGUGAGGAAGGAAUGCUCUCUUAUGGGCAAAGGCAUCCACUACAGGAGCUUCUUGAUGGGAUGGUCUUACUUAUUCAACAAGCUACUUCUGCUGUUGACUUGGCUCUAGAUUCAGAUUGUGGUGAUGGUCCUUAUGGCUGGCUUGCAUUACAAGAACAUUGGAGGCGUGGUUUCUGCUGUGGCCCUUCUAUGGUCCAUGCAGGCUGUGGAGGUACCUUGGCUGCUUCGCAUUCCUUGGACAUUGCUGGCACAGAGUUGGUAGAUCCACUAGCUGCAAAUAUUCACGCGUCUUCUGUUAUUAGUCUGCUGCAUACUGAAAUUAAAACAUCCUUAAAAUCUGCAUUUGGGAGUUUGGAUGGACCGUUGUCAGCUGCUGAUUGGUGCAAAGGUCGUAGUCUCUCCAGUGGUGGUUCAAAUAUAUGUGAUGGGCCUGUCAUUGAGUCUACUCCAAGUGAAUCUAGAGAUUCUUCCAGCUCCAUGGGAGAACCAAUGAGCCCAGCUCAGUCAUCCGCUGGUGGAUUAUCCGGUCUUAGAGGUAGUUUAAAUCUUGUUCAUGUGCUGUACAUUUAUGUUGUUCAGCAUAAUUCAGUACUCAACAAUGGUGCUAUUGAUACUGGUGCCAACUGCUGUAGAUGGAGCAAAGUAGAUGCUGUAUAUGUUACCAUUGCUACCUUUGUAUUACUUGAGACCACUGCUGGUGCUAAGGUAAAGAGAUUUAAACAUGGUAGGUACCAGGAUGACUGGCUUAAAGCUUCAGCAAGCUCAUUACAGCUUUGGGAAAAGGCACCUUUUGAACCAUAUGCUUCUCCAAAACCUAUUACUUAUUAUGUUGUCUGUCCAGACAUUGAUUCCCUUACAUCUGCUGCUGCUGAUUUUUUCCAACAACUUGGAACUGUUUACGAAGCAUGCAAGCUAGGGACACAUUCAGCUCAGAAUUUGGGAAACCAGAUGGAAAUUGACAGAGGGAAAUGGUUGGCUUCUGGCUUUGUGUUGCUCAACUGCCCUCAGUCGAUGAAGAUUGAAAGCAGCAAUGCAUCUCUUGUGGGGUCGAUAAGUGACUACUUCCUUUCCCUCUCCAAUGGUUGGGACUUGACUAGUUAUCUGAAGUCUCUUUCCAAAGCUAUUAAAUCUUUGAAACUUGGUCCAAGCUUACCAACACACCCAAAAGAAGGAAACAGCAGUCCUUGCUCGGUUAUCUAUGUGGUCUGUCCAUUCCCAGAACCUAUUGCAGUUUUACAAACUGUUGUGGAAUCUUGUGUUGCUCUUGGAUCAGUUGCUCUUCCAUUGGAUAGAGAUAGGAGAUCUAUAUUGCAGAGUCAGAUAGGAAAAGCAUUAAGCUGUUUGAUGGCAGUUGAUGAAGCAUCAGCAUCAAAUGUUCUAGUACUCCCAGGAUUCAGUAUCCCCAAAUUGGUAUUGCAGGUGGUGACAGUUGAUUCAAUCUUUAAGGUCACUGGUUCGGUCCUUAGUGAACUCACCAUACUUAAAGAGACCGCAUUCACCGUCUAUAACAAGGCACGCAGACUUUCUAAAGGAUCUCCUUAUGAUGUACAGUCAUCAUCGGUAUCUAGCAGGUCUCACUCAGCAAUGACACCACCUGUAGUUUCAAUUCCGUCAAUGUGGAAAGACUGUGUCGGUCCUCGAAUUGGAGGCCCUCCACUUCCUAGAGAGGCUGCUGAUAUUGAUGCCAGCUUGAGACCUGGAGCUUGGGACAACACUUGGCAGACAACAAGGGUUGUUGGAGGAUUGAACUGUGAUACCAACCGAAAUGGGGAUUUUUUCUCACUUCAAGAUGGGACUCGCUACAUGCUUGAACCACUCUUCAUUCUUUCAGAACCCGGUUCUCUGGAACAUGCUGUUUCACCUUCCUUCCAUAACACUGCAACCUCCGACUCUUCAAAAAUGUUAUCUGAUGAUGGUGGUGGGGAUGCUAGUUCGGGCUCUCAAAAUGAUGGAUCUCAGUCAGAUGGGUUUGGGUCUAACUAUCAGAAGGCUCUUCUUCCUAGUCUCCACUGCUGCUAUGGGUGGACUGAGGAUUGGCGUUGGCUAGUAUGCAUAUGGACAGAUGCAAGGGGAGAACUGCUCGACACCCAGAUAUUCCCUUUUGGUGGAAUUAGUAGUCGACAGGAUACAAAAGGUUUGCAAUGCCUUUUUGCGCAAGUUCUGCAACAAGGGUGUCAAUUACUGCAGGCCUGUUCUUCUCCUGAUUUUACUGUGAAGCCUCGAGAUUUUAUCAUUUCUCGAAUUGGAAAUUUCUUUGAGCUCGAGUACUUAGAGUGGCAGAAGGCCAUUUAUUCUGUUGGGGGAGCAGAGGUGAAGAAAUGGCCUGUGCAACUCCGACGUUCAAUGCCUGACGGAAUGCCUGGAAGCAACAAUGGAUCUUCCUUGCAGCAGCAACAGCAGCAGGAUAUGAGCUUGAUUCAAGAGAGAACCUUACCUUCAUCCCCCAGCCCGCUAUAUUCUAAGGCUUCUAGCUUCAUGAAAGGUAAUAAUUUGGGACAAUCUUCAGGGAGAAAGCAGCUUAUGGGCGGAGGGCAUACAACAGUUGAUAGCUCUAGGGGGAUCCUCCAGUGGGUCCAGAGCAUCACUUUUGUCGCAGUCUCCAUCGAUCAUUCCUUGCAUCUUCUUUGUCAAGCAGAUUCAUCUUCCUCUGGAGGGACAACUCAAGGUGUUAACAGUAGCAGCACACCACCAGGAUCAGGAUAUGUAGAAGGUUUUACUCCAGUGAAGCCUCCAAGCUCUGCCUCAGCAGCUUACCUCCUAAUUCCAGCACCCAGCAUGCGUUUCCUCCCUUCAACCCCACUCCAGCUUCCCACAUGUCUCACGGCAGAAUCCCCACCAUUAGCUCAUCUCCUCCACAGCAAGGGCUACGCUAUCCCGCUCUCGACCGGCUUCGUCGUCUCGAAAGCCGUGCCUUCCGUGAGGAAAGACAUCAGGAGCAACUCGAGGGACGAGUGGCCUUCAGUCCUCUCAGUGAGCCUCAUCGACUCCUACGGUGGAGAUAGGGCCACCAUGAAGCAAGGAGUGAGGGAUAAUGGGGCGGAGUCCAACGUGAUUCUCGGGUCCGUUGCAGCCGAGCUUCAUGCCUUGUCAUGGAUGACGGUCAGCCCUGCAUACUUGGAGAGACGCUCUGCACUUCCGCAACACUGUGACAUGGUUCUGAGACUCAGGAGACUGCUGCAUUUUGCUGAUAAAGAGCUGUCUUCACAACCAGAUAAGCCGUAGUUGAAGACUAACAAUUCCCUUACAAGCUUGCGAAUCCCUUGGUAUCGAUCGAGAGUGGCAAAAGGCUGGUCGUGGCGGGGAUUAGGGUGUUGUACCAUAGUGUAAUGACGUUCUUAUUUUGUACAUGGGUGAUUUGUAGCCUGUUUGGUAAGUUAAAAACACAAUUUUCUUUAUUGGUAAAGCAGAAUUAGUGGUCAUGUGAUUUGGCUAUGUCAAUUGUAAAUUAGUAGAGUAGACUGGGGAUGGGGAGGGUCAAUUGCACUGUGUUGUUUAGAGUUGUAGCCCCAUUGUAUUAUGGUUGAGUCAGUUGGCGAUGAUCAGGUCGGAAUCGGAUGCCGAGAGACCCGUUGAUGGCAUAACACACAUGCAUGUCUGUCAGCCCUUAAGACGGUAAUUUUACGGCUAACGCAGAGCAAACACUUGUUCUUGCACUAGUUUUACGGCAAACGUUACUGUUAGCAGGGAUGGUUCAAGGUCCCAUGACCAGACCUGGUUUCUUUUCCUAAUUCUGAAUCAUCAAUCGACUAGCGU